CCCGAUCCUCGGUACAUUUCGAUUCUUGUGGUUCGACGCGCUGGACGACGACCACACUGCUCAUCCGCGCUCUCGUAUACACACGCACAAGAAAUAGCGGAGAAUCAGGAGUAGUAGUAGUAGUAGUUAUAGUAGUAUAUAAAUUUAAAGCGAGGAUUUCGACUGAGGCAGUAUACAUAUAUAUUUAAUUACACAAGCAGUCGUUGCCGGGGAUUUGAAAUCGGUGCGAGCCCGAGAGCGGCGCCUGAUUCCUUAAUAUAUCUGUAUAAUACACAAGAUAGAAAGUGCGCGCGUGAUCUAAGCUGUGGCCUGCGUGCUCAUCAUCGCUCGUCGUCGCUGUCGUCCGUGUGUCUGCAAUCGACCUGUACACGCGCGCAAAAAAAAAAAGGAGUGAAAAAGUGUACUCGCGCAUUGUGUGAUAACGCAGUGGAAAGUAAAAAAAGUUCGAUUGUUUUUUAUACAGUGAUAGCAGUAGCAUCGUUGUUCGGGUUUAUAAGGAACGGCGAUAAAUCCAGUGGAAAGAAAUAUCGUUGCAAGAUCUUUACCGUAUAUAUAAUAAAAAUAUGGCACCGAACAACGUGAUCGUUGCCGAGGAGGAAAAGUCCUGCAACAGGCGCAAAGAGAUCGCCCACGACCUGAAGAAAAAUCACCAUCGUUCGAGUCCUUCGACGACGACAACCACGACGACGACAAUUCCGAGUACAGACGUGAACGAGAAUGUGGACAAGAGCGUCGAAGCGAAGAAGAAAUACGUCGACGGCCGCCAGCAGGACUGGUGGACGUUUCUGCGCCGGGACGACAUCAAGUGGCGCAACGUGAUCCUCAUCAGCGUCUUCCACAUGAUCGCCGUCUACGGCUUCCUCACGGCGCCCUAUCUCACCCACUGGAAAACCUUCAUCUGGGCGUUUCUCAUCGGCAUGGCGGCGGCUUUCGGCAUAACCGGUGGCAUUCACCGCUUCUGGAGUCACAAGGCUUACAAAGCCAACACGUUUCUCAGAAUCAUCCUCAUGUUCUGCUUCGUCGCGGCUGGCCAGAACUCGAUCCACGAAUGGGUGAGGGACCAUCGGGUGCAUCACAAGUUCUCGGAGACGGACGCCGAUCCGCACAACAGCAAGCGCGGCUUCUUCUUCUCGCACGUCGGCUGGCUCAUGAUGAAGAAGCAUCCCGACGUCAUCAGCAAGGGAAAACUGAUCGACAUGAGCGACAUCGAGGCCGAUCCCGUUGCCGCUUUUUGCGAGAGGCACUUUACGCUGCUGAAACUGAUGGUCUGCUUCGUCGUGCCGAUCUGCCUGCCGGUCUACUGCUGGGACGAGGACUGGUAUCACGCCACCAUGUUCCAGCUCUGUCGCUACGUCUACGUGCUCAACGCCACCUGGAGCGUCAACAGCUUCGCCCACUUCUUCGGCAACAAGCCCUACGAUCGCAACAUCGGCCCCGUGGAGAACGGCUUCGUCUCGUACGUGACCUUCGGCGAGGGCUGGCACAACUAUCAUCACACCUUUCCGCAGGACUACAGGGCGGCUGAGAUCGGCGGCGGCCGUUUCAACUCCACCACGACCAUCAUCGAUCUGUUCGCCAAGCUCGGCUGGGCCUACGAUCUCAAGGAGCCUAGCGAGCAGCUGAUCGCCAAGACCAUCGAGAAUCGCGGCGACGGCACGCAUUGCACCAGCAGCCAGGAUCGUAAUAAUCACGCUCGUUGCGAAUGAGCGAAGAGGCAUGAAUGAUGAGAGAUAAAAAAGAGAGAGAGAGAGAGAGAAUUAUGUAUAAUUGUGGAUAGAAAAAUGGGAAAAAAUUCCCAGGCUCGAAAGUCGCCGCGAUUAAUUAACGGGGAGCGGAGGUGGAGAGGCAGAGAGCGAUUGGGGAAAAGAGGAGAAGGGGAAAAAAGAAGAUUUUUCGUUAUAUAUUUAAAGAGGCGACGUUAUAAUUUAUUAUUCAUGAGUAUAAAACCGAUGAACUUUUACGCUCUUGGAUUUUUUUAAAUUCGUUCGCGUUCGUCUUGAUCUUCUCUCUUUAUCUCUCUCUCUGAUAUAUGUAAUAUUGUCGUCGCGCGGAGUAAGAGAGAGAGAGAGAAAAAAAACAGCACGCGCAUAGUCAGAUAUAUCCCUAAUUCUUUUCUCUCUCUCUCUCUUGUUUUUCGUAAUUUUGCGUAAUCGUUCUUCUUUUUUUUUUUGUUUGUUCUUUAUUUAACGAAACUUGUUAUAUAAAUAACUAAGAUGUAAAUAUAGCUGCGUGGAGUUACUUGUAUGCAGAAACAAUGCAAAUUUUCAUUCUUCUUAUGUUUUUUUUUUUUGUCAAUGUUGUACUAGGAAUUUAUACAUCGUGCAAAGUUUGCUCUGCAUGUUUUACGUAUUGUCUUUUAUCUUCUUAUGUUUAUUUUUUUCUUCGUUCGAGCGAUAUUCGAAUUUUUAAGGAAUUCCUUCUACUGUUCUUUUUUAUAUAUACGAUCGUGAGGUGGAAUUUAGGAAAUUGUUUCACGUUUAUUAUUAUUACCAUUAUAGAAAUUCUUAUGAAAAAAAUAUACACGAGCGCUCGUACGGUGUAUCGUGUAUCUUAGGCUUAUACGUUCAUGUUAUUUUAUUUAUUGUAUUAUCUUCUUUAUUUAUUUUUUUUUUUAAUUUUUACAACGAAAAAAUUAAAAUUGUAUCAUUCACGAUGUGCAACUUUGUAAAAGUUCGAUCGAAUCGUUAAGAUGAAAUCUUAAUCUUAUAAAUCUUAUUUAUUGGCUAUACUAUUUUACUAUUGUAUAUCUAUUACACAAACGUGGAAUCCUUGUAAUCGGUUUUUUCUUUUCUUUUGUCGAGGAUGGGGCGCGCGAGUCCAAGAGUGAGAUUUUUAUGUAGAAAACAAAAGAAAACACACAAAAUAUAAUUUGUACAAAAAAUAAAAA